GUCGCCCUGGACGUGUGUUAGCUGUUGCCAUAGUGAUUACGUGUCCGACACAUUACCUUCCUGGAAAGUGCGACAGAAUUUUUGUUUCCCUGCCGCCAAGAAGAUUAUUUAAACAGACGUAACAAGUGACCAAUCACCCGUGGAGAAAGAUGUCCGUGCAAGGAAGAAACACUCAGCUGAUUGGUGGAUCCACUCUGGACAGCAUUGAGGUCAUCCGUAACCACUCCACACUCUUCAGAGGAGAAUGCAUGAGGCUGAUCGAAGAAAGCAGCAAAUCCUGCAAGCGCCUGCAGGAUGACGACAGCGAGAAACUGGACCAUCGCGUCAGAGACAUUCAGUUUGUGAAGAAGGAACUCGAGCUGAAGUUGGAGGAGAACAUUUUGGAGACGGAUCGGCUUUUUGCGCUGCAGGACAGAGUGGUGAAAGCCAUUGAGAUGUGCAAGGAGCCUUUUCGAGUAACCGUUCUUUGUCUGAACGAGAGAAAUAAACGCCACCCCUCUGAGAAGCUGUGUGAUGACGUCAGCAAAGAGCUGGUGAAGGAGGCGGAGCUGGCAAAGGGCGUGAUGUCAAUCCUGCAGCGAGUAGUCAAACAGAUCGCUGAGCAGACACGAUUGAACCAAGCGUCCAAGUUUGAUCUGGAACAGGAUCUGAAGGAGAAAUACGAGGCUCAGCACUUAGAUGCCUCCUGUGCCUCGAUGACGCCACAUUCCCUCAACAACACACAGACAGUUCUCAACCCCAAGACAGUUCCACCAAGUUCAACCGUGACACCGGGAGAGUGGGAGAGAAGCUCAGACUUCAACAUAGCUAAGGCGGAGCGUCAGAAGACCAACUCGGUGUCUCUGAGGGCGCUGGUGGAGUCUCUGCUGGCCCAGACUGCUGCUGACAUGCAGCAACAGUUCCAGGCCACGUCAGCGGCCUUGCAGCUGAAUGUCCUGCAUAUCAAGACGGUCAAGAGCCAGAUGGAGGAACAACUCACCAAGGUUUUGUCGGAGUUCGCCAGCCAGCAGAAAAACCGAGAAGACCUCCAAGUGGCCAUCACGGAGAACGAGCAUUUCCUCAGUUUGGCUCAGGCUAGGCUGGAUUUACGUCAGCAGAGGCCCGCCAAAGAGCGAUGUCACGAUCCGGCGCAAACCCAGCUCCUCACUGAGGUCGGCCAGCAUACGAGUCAAAUCAGCAAGCUGCGUGAGACCGUAGAUCAGUCGGAGGAGCAGCAGAGGGCGCUGGUCCGCUGCCAGCUGGAACUGCAGCAGAGCAUUGAAGUCAAGGCCAACCUUCUCUACGUUGAUGAGGUCAUCUGCAUUCCAUACAGAGAGACAAUUGUCUUAACUAAAUUCUGAACACUACUUCCUUCAAAUCAUACUUUAUCAAGAGGGAUGUUCAAUCUAUUCUAUCCAUGUCUCGAGGAAUAUUUUUGACUUGUCACUUUUUUAGCUGACAUACCAUUGAUUGAUUGAUUGAAACUUUUAUUAGUAUAUUGCACAGUUGAAGUUGGCAACCAACACAGGCACCUGCUUAUGUUGACAACAUGACUUGACUUUUGUCACCAUCAAAUUUAAGGUCCAAUGGGGUCAUUUUUAUGAAAAAAGGACUCGUAAUAUCAACAUAGUAUUAACUCAUUACGAUAGUCAACAAGACACAACAGCGAGUCUAAAGUUACACAUCAUUUUCUUUUUUUCCCUAAAGUAUUAGCCACUGGGAGAAAGAUGUGUUAUUAUAGUCAAGACAUACAGCAAAAUUACCGCAUCCGGUUUGUUAGAUAAGAGUAUAAAAUAUCAUAACAACUAAAUAAUCAAAGUAUUUGUACAAGCAGUGGCUAGUUAUGUUUUCGUUUAUGUCAAAACCUGCUUGUAUCGGACAUUUUUCAUUUUACCUUGAAAAUUGACUAAGACAACUUAUAAUAAAUAAGACACUGUAGAAAGAUCAUAAGCACUGAUUAUUUAUCUUUUUAUUUCACUGGGUAAACGCAAUGUUGGCUGUAAAGUGUGUAAAGUUGGGCAAUAGGCCAUACUGAAAUGUCAGGUAUGGAUCCAUCCAUCCAUUUUCUACCUCUUAUCCCUUUUUGGGGUCGCGGGGGGCUUCUGGAGCCUAUCUCAGCUGCAUCCGGGCGGAAAGCGGGGUACACCCUGGACAAGUUGCCACCUCAUCACAGGGCCAACACAGAUAGACAGACAACAUUCACACUCACAUUCACACACUAGGGCCAAUUUAGUGUUGCCAAUCC